AAAUUUCCUAGAAGAACUUUUAAAAAAUUACUUAAAUGAAGUAUUUGCUUAAAAUAAAGACUCUUUUUAAAUGUAAAAUUAAUUGUAUUAUUUUUUAAAUGUAUUAUGUUAUGGUAAUGAACAGCCAUUGCGGAACCCUACAGUGUGCAUGGCACGACACCCAUUUGGCCGUUGUUGACGUUGGCUGCUCGUAACGACGGGCCGCCGCGUGCCGGCGACAACGCGUUUCACGUUUACGGCAUUCGAGAGUGAGCGCGCUCGCGGUGCGGGAUGUCGCUGCGUGCGGCGCGAGCGAUGCCGCUGCUGCUGGCGGCGACUUCGGUUGUGCUGGCGCCAGCGCUGCCGGCGUGCGCGGCUGCGGCCGCCAGCGGAGAGCGUGCGUUAGUUCCUGGCGAGGUCCGGUUUGGUGCGCUGUUCGCGGUGCACGGGGCGCCGGUGGAGGCGCGCGCGGGCGCCCGGUGCGGCGCCGUGCGCGAGCACUACGGCAUCCAGCGCGUGGAGGCGACGCUCCUAGCGCUGGACGCCAUCAACGCCGACGCGGCGCUGCUGGGCGCGCUGCCGCUGGGCGCAGAGCUGCGCGACUCGUGCUGGGCGCCGCCCACCGCGCUGCGGCAGACCAUCGACCUGGUGCGCGACGCCAUCGCGCCUGACGCCGAUCACGCGCAAUCGCAAAUCUCAACUAAUUGUACUCAGGGCCGUACUGCGAGCCACGGCGACGGGCCCUGGGGCGGCAGGGCGCCCCUGCUGGGGGUCCUGGGCCCCGGCGCCAGCUCGGCAUCCAUGCAAGUCCAGAAUCUGCUGCAGCUGUUCUCCAUACCACAGGUGUCGUACUCGGCGACGUCGCGCGAGCUGUCGGACCGGGCACGGUUCUCGACGUUCUUCCGCGUCGUCCCGUCGGACCUGCACCAGGCGCGCCUCAUGGUGGCGCUACUGCGGGCCCACAACUGGACCUACGUACAUGCCGUGCAUACGGAUGGUUUUCUGAUAGAAAGCUACGGUCAAAGCGGCAUGGCGGCGUUCCGCGAGGAAGCGGCACGCGGCGGCGUGUGCGUGGCGCGUGAGGAAGCGCUGCGGGCGGCGCCCACCGACAGCGAGGUGGAUGCGGCGCUGCUGCGGCUGGCGGGCGGCCCGCGCGUCGCCGUGUGCUGGUGCGAGGGACGCACUGCGCGGGCGCUGCUGGCGGGGCAGGCGCGCGCACCCCACUCGCCGGCGUCGGCGCCGCUGCGGCUGGUGGCCAGCGACGGCUGGGCCGACCGUCGCGAUGUCGUCGCCGGCCUCGAGCACGUCGCGCACCACUCGCUCACGCUGCGCAUCCGAUCACCAUACCUGAGGCACUUCGACGCGUACUACCACUCGUUAAAACCUCAUACCAACCACAGAAACCCAUGGUUUAAGGAAUUCUGGGAACAAAAAUUUAACUGCACUCUGGAAGAAGGGUCUUCCGGAAAACGUAAAUGUACAGGUUCAGAGUCACUGGCAGCGGGCUAUACGCAGGAGCCGAAGCUGGCUCUGGUGGUUCGCGGCGUGUACACGCUGGCGCACGCGCUGCACGACAUGCGCGGCGCGGUGUGCGGCGCGUCGCAGGCGGGGGCGGGGGCGGGGGCGGGGGCGGGGCUGUGUGCCGCCAUGCUGCCGUUCAACGUGUCGCUGUACCGCCGCUACAUCGCGCGCGUGCGCUUCCGGGCGCCCGACGGCGGCAUCGUUGCGUUCGACAGCAACGGUGACCCUCCGCCUGAGCUGAGUGAAUACGACGUGAUGAACCUGGUGUCGGACGGCGCGGGCGGGUGGCGGUACGUGCGCGUGGGCCGGUGGCGGCGCGGCGCGCUCCGGCUGCGCGGCGGCCACGCCGCUACCACCAGGCGUGCUCGCGGCGUGCGGGCGGCGUGCUCGCAGGAGUGCGGGGCAGGCUCGUGGGCGCGGCGCAGCGAGGGCGAGCGCGCGCGCUGCUGCUGGACGUGCGUGCCGUGCGCGACGCUCGCCGUCACCGAGCCCACCGGCUGCCGGCUCUGCCCGCCCGGACACCGCCCCGAUGCACUGCGCAAAGAAUGCAUACCGUCCCCGAUCGAGUGGGGCGGCGGUGGUCGGUGGGCGCGGGCGGUGUCGCUGGCGGCGGGCGGCGGCGGGCUGGCGGCGGUGUGUGUGUGCGCGGCCACGUUCUGGCGUCACCGCGCCACGCCCGUGGUGAAGUCGGCGUCGCGCGAGCUGUGCGCGCUCCUGCUGUGCGCGGCCGCCGCCUGCCACUGCGCCGCGCUCGCGGCUGUCGCGAGACCUGCCCCCACUGUUUGCGCCGCGGUGCGGCUGGCGGCCCCCGCGCUUGGCGGCGUGUACGCAGCGGUGCUGGCGCGCACGGUGCGUGUCGCUCGACUAGUGCAGGCGGCGGAGCGCCGGCCUGCAGCUCGCCCGAGGUUGUUGUCUUCGCGUGCACAGGUGUGGACAUGGGCAGCGUUGAGUGGUCCCGGAGUGGCGACGGCGGCGUGGAGCGCGCUGCGCUGGCCGGCGACGCCGCAGCUGCUGCACCCGGGGCGCGCGCGCGCCGUGCUGGUGUGUGGCGGCGAGCUGGCGCCGGCGCAGCUGGUGCCGCUGGCGCCGGCGCUGGCGCUGCUGGCCUCCUGCGUCGCGCUCGCCAUCCGCACUCGCCGCCUGCCGCACAACUUCAACGAAACCAAGUUCGUCGGCGCCGCGGCUUACGCCACCUGCGUCACUUGGGUGGCGUUCUUCCCACUGUAUGCUGCGACGGAGGCGCGCACUGCCACACUGUGCGCGUGCGUGUCGCUAUCGGCGGGCGCGUGCGUGGCCUUGUCCCUCGGCCCGCGCGUGUGGGUGUGCGUGUUCCGCCCCGAGAGAAACACUAGGGCCCACUUUCUCACGGCCACUUCUAUACGUUGUCACCUGGGCAAGUAUCGGCCGGGAUCCGACGCUCCUGCGGGUUCUUUAAACUCACCGAGAAAAUGCGCAGAACUUCGUGAUGCAUCCUGCCAAGUGACUGGAGACAACAAUAGUGACCAGAGGAGUAGUGCGGCGGGCGGGUGGUGCGAGGCGUCAGGAGUGUGCGCGCGCGUCACCCGCAUCCCCGUCGCCGUCGCCGCCGCCGCCGCUGCUCCUGCCACCACCUGCGACCCCGACGACGCUGAUGCGACUGAUGUAGCAGACGUCCUGAUUGUGUUGUUCCACCACCGCCACGCUCUGCACUCGCCAUUGCUCGAAACUGCCAAUAAGAACCAUGCGAAUUCAGAUCCAAUAUAGACCGUUGAUUAACAUGUCGAAUAAUUCACAAUGGUAAUAUUUAAUAGGUCUGCCGAAAUAUCUCUUUUUUAAUAAAAAUUAAACAAAAAA